AGAGUUGCAACAAACUCACUCCUUCAAGUUCUCACAAAGACAGAGAGCCAACCAUGGCCGGUGCCAAGAGACUUUCUCAACUGGCAAAGAAGUGGCAGAGGGUGGAAGCACUCGGGAGGAAGAGGCUCACAGGGUCAGCCAAAGAGGAUCAAGACUGCUGCAGUUUUGUACCAGCCAAGGGCCACUGUGUCAUGUACACGGCCGACGGGAGGCGUUUCGAGGUGCCCUUGGUGUACCUCAGCACCACGGUCUUCGGCGAGCUCCUGAGGAUGUCUCAGGAGGAGUUUGGCUUUGCAAACAAAGGCAAGAUCACACUGCCUUGUGAUGCUGCAGUGAUGGAGUAUGUCAUGUGCUUGCUCAGGAGAAACGCCUCCACCGAGGUCGAGAGUGCAUUGCUCAGCUCUAUGGUGACGUCUUGCCACUACACUGGCUGCGCCAUGCCUACUGUUGGAGCCAGCCAACAGAUUUGCUGUUUGUAGCUUCUGAAGAAGAUGCAUGAAGAGGCCCUGGCGAUGUCUUUUUUCUUGUUUAGUUUGCCUGGAUAGUGUAAGAUAGUUAGAUAACAGACAAUAGG